UCUUAAAUGAAAUGUUUUUUUCUAAAUUUGUUUAACAACGAAUGCCGUAUUGUUUACCUGGACCUAUCAAGAUGGGGACGUCUGCGUACAUAUUUAUCCUCACUUUUCUCUCCUUCUGUGCAGUUUUUACUGAGGCACAGUAUGAGGAUAAGAGAUGUAUCUGUAUAUGCCCUGACCCUUCUGUCAUAAAUGGUACCAAGAGUAACCGCAUGGUCUACAAGGAACCUGUUGCCCCAAGCAAAUGUGACUGCGACAAUGUUGUACUACCAAGAGUAGCAGACGAUAUCAAAGGCCGUGAACAAGAAUUUUGUCCACGUUGUGAGUGCAAGUAUGAGAGCCGUAACAGUAAUACAACAAUCAAGGUUGUAGUAAUCCUUGUGAUAUGGAUCAUCUCCUUGUUGGUCGUGUACAUGGCCUUCCUUCAUUGUCUGGACCCACUGCUCAACAAGAGGAGGUCACAACCUUCAUACCAAGAACAUACCAAUGAGGAUGAUGAGGCAGGCACUGUUGGAGGUGCCCCAGGCAUGGCACAGCCACUUCGCGUCAGACCCAAUGUCCUUGGCCGUGUGGGACAUCAACAAGACAAAUGGAAGCGGCAGGUGCAAGAACAGCGUAGAAACAUCUAUGAUAGACACACCAUGCUAAAUUAGUUGGUGUUGGCAAUUUUUGGAACCUGAAAUUUACUUUGCUCUUGAUUUUUCUUUCUUUUGUCUUGGUCUUUUUCACUUUUUGUAAUGUACAUGGAUAUUACAAAAUUGCCUGUAUUAGGUGAUUAUGAUAAAGAUACUUUCUAUUAGUUUAUACACAUACAUUCUAAGAUGUGAUUUUUUUAUCAUUUUAUCUUGCUGCAUCUCUCUCCUAUACUCUAGCCACUCAUUGCUCUCCUCUCUUGUCUUCUCUCUCUUCAUCUUUGUUUAGCGAAUUGAUUUUGGUUAUAUAAUAGGUGAUUGUAUAAUUUAGUCUAUGUAAGGGCUGGAUAUGUACUUUUUGUAUCAUAUUAUAUAUAUAUAUAUAUAUAUAUAUAUUGCCAAACAUAGUUCCAUGUCCUUGGUAAAUGGUAUAUCAGAAUUUGAUAUGAAAGCAGUCACAUAAUAAAAGAUCUUGCAGUUCAAUCAUAGUAUGGCAUGUAUUAAAUGCAUACGCUUAUUUAUUACAUAAAUUCAGUGUUAAGUUACAGCAAAUAUUGUUGACCUAUUCACAACAGAUAACUUAUUGGGAAAUUGUGGAGAGAAUUCUCUGUAGAACUGAAAUAUAUUGAUGUUUCCUUAAUGCUUAUACUCUGUGGAAUGUUUGUAAUGUAAAGUCUGUGGUAGUAUAGGGAUGAGAAGUUACCAAGGUAACAAGUCCCAAGUAAACUGAAUUGAAUAUUUUGAAGGUGACCUAUUGCAAACACUUUUGCAUAUAUAUAGCAUGGUAAUGAAAGGCUCAACAGAAAAUAAUGUAUAAAUGUGUGAAAUGUGUAUAGCUUCUUUGUAAAGCAGAAGUGAGUAUAGUUUCUUUAGUGCAUUCUGUUUUAUAACAUAUUGCCAUAUAUUUACAUUUACAUUUUCCACUGUUGAAAUAUUAGCUUUUCAGUAAAGGAAAAUAUGAUAUGUUUUAUUGUAGCUUUAGAAUAACAAUACUCUUGGACUUCUGUGAGUAAACCAUAUUGGAGACAUCACAAAGGAUUUAAGGAUAGAAAAAACUCCACUGUACAUAAUCAUGCUACUCAGAAGUAGUACUGUAGAAAUGGAGAUCAUACAAAAUUGACAAGUA